AUGACGAUGACACAAAUGGAGAUCUGGGCUAAACGGGCGUCUAGGUUUGGGAUAACGCUGACACCACUAACGAGGCCUACCCCACCCAAACCGCCAGUCGAGUCUCCUCCCUAUGUGAAUGAGCCGUUCGUCCCACUCGCGCCUUUCCGGCGGCCAUGCCCCAAACUACAAGAAUUGCGAGAACAGGCCGCAAGGGAGAGGAAUAUCUGGACGAAGAUGGACAUUCUGAGGCGUGUGCUGGAUGGGCAGACAUCACGAAUGCUGGCUGAGCCAAGGAACGAGGAAGCAUGGGAGCUUUAUGAGAAGGAUUGUCUUGCGGUCGAGGCACUCGAGUCUGUCGCCAUGCAGCAGAUGAUGGAGGGAGCCUCGGCUACUCCCUUUGUGACGGGCCAAGUAAACGAACCUGAGUUUUUUGAGCUGGACGAGUCCAUCCAGUACUGGGCAGCCCUGGUAGCCGCCGCCCAGACCGCUGAACUGUUGGGGACACAAGAACCGGCGGGUGGAUCGUACCUGCAAAGUACGAGUCCACCAAUAGGGUUUGAUAGCAGCCUACACGGUGCGUCCAACAAUCCGGAUUCAACAGUGUGGAGUGACAUACCAGUGGACUGGCAGUCACUGGCGCACUUCUAG